UAGAAAGCCUGUGAAUGAGAGCCGCAAAUUUGUACUGUAAUUAUAAAAGCCGUUGAAAGGUUCACGAAAAAAAUCAGUUAUCCGACUGUAAACAAUUCGAGUAUCUGGCAUUUAGUUCCAAAAACAAAGCAUUCUGGAUGUUGAGUGUUAAGUGAUAAUUCUAUGUAAUUAAGUAAACAAGUUGAUUUAAAAGCAGUAAAAAUGGCACAGCAAUGUCAACUUUGGAUGGGAAGCUUGCAACCUUACAUGAACGAGAGCUUCAUUCUUGCGGCAUUUCGAAAGAUGGGAGAAGAUCCAUUGACUGUAAAAUUGAUGAAAAACAAGUUUUCUGGAGAAGCAGCCGGCUAUUGUUUUGUAUCAUUUCUAACAGACGAAGCAGCUGUAAAUGCUAUGCAUAAAUUGAACGGAAAGCCGAUUCCUGGAACUAAUCCAAUAGUAAGAUUCAAGCUGAAUUCGGCUACUACUUCACAAAACAAAGCAUUAAUGCUCGAACGUGAAUUCAGUGUUUGGGUAGGAGAUUUGUCUUCUGAUGUGGACGACUACAACCUUUAUCGUGUAUUUUCGUCAAAAUAUCAAUCAAUUAAGACCGCUAAAGUUAUUAUGGAUGAUUCUGGAUUCUCACGUGGCUAUGGAUUCGUUAAAUUUGGACUUGAGGAAGAACAGAAAAGUGCACUGUACGAAAUGAAUGGAUAUAUAGGCUUAGGAUCAAAAGCUCUAAAGAUCUGUAGUGCUGUACCGAAACCAAAAGAUGGAUCAGUAAUUAUGCCUCAACCAACAGCAACAAGUAUCGUUCAGCAAGCUUAUGACAGUUAUUCCCAAUAUUAUGAUCAAUAUUCUCAAUAUUAUUGGCAACAGCAGCAAGGAUAUACAGGAUAUGAAACACCACAGACACCACAAGUAGAUCCAGCGACUUAUUAUUCACAACAAGCGAGUGCACAAAUAGCUGCUGUAACGCAAACACAGCCUCAACAGCCACAAUAUGGAUCUCAUUCCUAUAAAUAUGAGCAUGAUGAAGACUAUAUGCUUGUUGAUUACAAAACUACAAUUGAUGUCGAUAAAUUGAAUAGAGAGACAGUUGAGAGGGACAGGAAUCUUUACGAUAGUUUAGAAGCAAGCAAAUGGCAUCCAAUUGAGAUGCUGGAAAAACUUUAUUAAUUAAUUUUAACAAAUAUUUUACGAAUAAAUUGACGAAAUCAUUCAAAUUAAAUACUUUUACUUAUUUCUUGGUAUCAUUGCAUGACAGGUAUGAACACAUGACAUUAAAUAAUUGAAUUUGAACAUGACAUUAACAAUCAAUUUUAAAUUAAAUGAUUAUUAACAUCAUCCAUGCCGUGAUCAUGCAAAAAUACUCACGAAUAAAACAUCGAGUACUGUGGAGCAUGAAUAUUUAAAGUAAACAUUUAAAAGUUCAUAUCUAAAGUGUCGUGUCAUAUAAAAUAUUUAAAUGUGGAUGCUCUGCGAGCAAGCAAUCCAUGAACAAUAUUUAAUGAAUAACAAUUUAAUAUGUUAAUAACCAGCGCUGUCUUGUAUAGUUUUGUGAAUUUUUUGAACAAAAUUAAAUGUUUCGCAUAAAAGUCAUACUUUAGUGACCCAACGGUCCGUGAAUAAUUUUUGAGUGAAUUAAUGAGAUUCUUUGAGUUUUGACGAAUUUUGGACAUUUUAGAAUAGUC